AUGCUCGGAGCCUUUAGACAGCUGGCGGCACGAGCGCUCAAGCCCCGCGUCUCGAGCACAAUUAAUAGAUCUGCCAUGCACACGUUCCACAACCACAUACCUUUGACCCAACUGGCUCUGCCCGUGUCAUUGUUGAAGCCGAUAGCACAGAUGGAGCCAAAAACAGAUACAGAAGAGCUUUUUGCAGACAGUGUAAUGCGCAAAAGACGGCUGAAAAUGAAAAAGCACAAGCUGCGGAAGAGAAGAAAGAGACAAAAAGCUGAAAAGAGGAAACAAUCGCAAGGUAAAUGA